AUGGGAGACGAAACCAAUCCUAAAAAGAGAAACGACCAGCAGGAUCAAAGACGUAAACCUAAUAAGAACUAUGCAGUAAAAAAGCGUUUGCCAUUACGACCCAGGGAGGGAGAUAAUGUGAUUUUCGUCACCAAAAAAACUAAUUUUAAGGCACAGCUGGAUAAAUGCUGUGAUCUUCUAACAAAGGGUGAAAAAGACAUAAUAUUGCAUGGUCUUGGAGCUGCUAUACAAAGAUGCUGUAAUCUUGCACUUCAAAUAGAAGCUGCAUUUUGUGGAACAUGUCAAAUAGAAGUUAACACGGGAACUGUAGAUUUAGUAGAUGAUCUGGAACCACUGACAGACGAUCUAGACUACGGUGCACAAGUUAGGCACUCAUCAUCAAUUCACAUCCGCAUUUUUAGAACUGCCAUGCUCGGAGCCAAUCAGUAA